AUGGCGGCGGCGGCGGGCGCUGCGCGGAAGCGGCGGCCCAAGACGCACUUCGCGGCGGCGCGGGCCAAGCGCGCCCGCGGCGGCGGGCGGCAGCUGGAGGCCGGCAUGCGCGGCAUCCUCAUCACCUGCAACAUGAACGAGCGCAAGUGCGUGGGGGAGGCCUACAGCCUCCUCGGCGAGUACGGGGACCUGCUGUACGGGCCCGAGCAGUUUUCAGAUCAAGAGGAGCGGCUGUCUGGGAGCGAGAGGGAAGAGGAUGACGACGACGACGUCGAGGCGGCCCUGAAGAAGGAGGUGGACCAGAUCCGCGCCUCCACAGAGCAGAAGCUGCGGCGGUUCCAGUCAGUGGAGAGCGGCGCCAACAACGUCGUCUUUAUCAGGACACAGGGCAUAGAGCCUGAGAACCUGGUGCACCAUAUAUUAAAGGAUAUGCAUACCACUAAAAAGAAGAAAACAAGAGUCAUUCUGCGCAUGUUACCCAUUUCUGGAACUUGCAAAGCUUUUAUGGAGGAUAUGAAAAAGUACACGGAAACGUUUUUUGAGCCUUGGUUUAAAGCCCCUAAUAAGGGUACUUUUCAGAUUGUUUACAAAGCUCGUAAUAACAGUCAUAUGAGUAGGGAAGAAGUAAUUAAGGAAUUAGCAGGUAUUGUGGGCAGCCUCAAUCCAGAAAAUAAAGUGGAUCUUAAUAACCCACAGUAUACUGUUGUGGUGGAAAUAAUAAAAAACGUCUGUUGCUUGAGUGUGGUGAGAGACUAUGUUCUAUUCAGAAAAUACAACCUACAGGAGGUGGUGAAGAGCAACAAAGAAGAUGCAGAGCAGAAGCCAUCAAGCCUGACAGAAGAAAAAAACUCAAAGGUAGUAAAACCCAAAGUGGAGGAGGAGGAAGAGAACUCAAAAGAAAUAAAACAAGAGAAGGAGGAGGAGGGUGAACUAGAAACCAAGCCCAAAGGGAACGAUAUGCUGACAGUGUAAAAAAUACGGUAGAAGGGAAUGAUAAACAAAGGAAACCUAUAAAAAAAAAGAAAGCUGCCCUAGAGUUUUGAAAGGGCUUUUUAAAGAGGAGAGUGGGUUUUAAUUUGAAAUCUUAUAUUUUAAAUCCACACAUAAAGAAUUUUAAUGCUCGCUGUGUAUCUGCAGGUGAAGGUGACAUUAUUGCAGACAUAACAAUACUCAAAAGGGAAAGGUGAAAUUUGCUGUCAUUCUAGUACAGCUUUGUUCUGCAUUGCCUUUACCUAGCACAAAAAGCAUGUGUGUGUGCAUGCAUAUGUAAACGUGGCCAACCUGACAUAUACUGACUCUCCUUUAUUGUAUCUGAUGACUGCAGAAAUCAAAAGGCAGUGCAGAAUCAGCCCUAGCAGGAUGUUUUGACAGAAGUGGGAGAUCUGGAAAAGACAGUUGUUUGCAGAGGAUUUUUAGGGAAGUGAAUGAUCUGGCAGUUUGGGUGACUGCAGAACUCAGAGAUAUAUUUUCGUAUGUGAACAGAACGAGGUAAAAAUCCCAAUCCUUUCCUGUAUGAUGAAAGGAUAUGUACAUACACACACACACACACACACACACACACAAAUCUUUCUACAAGGAUAUGCUAAGUCUUAAAAAUAUAUGGGAAGAACUGCUAUGAUUAAAAUACUUUAAUAUGGUGAGAGGAUUUACAAUAACAGAAUUGUCCGUUCUAGAACAGUAGAAGUACAAUGCAGGCAUUGCAAAGAAUUUUAGCAAAAACUACAUGUGUGUUUACUAUAGCUGCAUAUACAGCAGUUACUGGCUUAUAGCAAAUGCUCUAUGUAGUUGCUAAACAGAAUCCUUUCAAAUAACUUCAUGCAAAUAGCCUUUUGCUGCUCUUUCCAAAGACAUAACCACAGGGAGUGUGGAAGGAAUAGCUUUUUAUCUUAUUUUUUCUCUAGGUCUCAAAACUUGAAUGUAAAUACUGCCUGGAAACUUCUUACAAAAGAAGCUUUCUAUUAUACCAUAUUGGAUGGGGUGAGGGCAGGGGGAAUUUUUGGUUAUAGCUUUAGCUUUACAACACUAAUUUUGUGUCACAUUGAAAAUAAUGUCUAUUGGUACGUGUUUCCAUUGCUAGCAGCUUUUUGGAUAUCCCAGCGAAUUUAUAAAAAACUAAAAUAGCAUAGCUAUAAUCUGCUUUCCAAUAGAGUUUGGAGUAUGCUUUCUAUACAACUGUCUAGCUUCACUAUUUCAUUUCUAGCAUAAAAGUCUGUGUGUUGUAAAUGGAAAAAGAUUUGUCCUGAACACCAUGUGUUACUUGUCUUGGUUUAAUGAAAAGGAUGUGUUCAAGUCUCAACAAUGUUUCUUUUAUAAUUUCCUGUUCUUUCAGAAUUGUUUUAGAAAUUGGAAAAUUUAAGAAGAUUUUUUUUCCCCUAGUCCUGUCCCUUCCUCUCCCUUUAUUAAAAAUCUGCUUUCUUACCUCCA